ACACACCACGACGACAUUAACGAUGAUCUCCAGCUCGGCUGUGCCAACGGAAACCCUCCCUUGGCUUUCAGCAGUUGGACUUCAGUCGUUUGUGAACGUUGGUAGAAUGCGGAAGACUCCUCCAGACGGAGCGUGUAUUUGAGAUAACAGUUUAGCUUGGCGUCUAAUUAUCCAUCCUCACCCCCAUCAUUUUUGGCUUGAUCCAACGGACCUACUACCCGUCCCUCCCGACACCUUGGUCGUAAUUAACUUCGUGGCAAUGAUAUCAUCGAUGAUGGAUUUAAUUUUAGCGGCGCUGGUCGUGCUGUCCAUUUCUUACGCGAUAAGAUACGUUCUUCAUCGCCCAUCGGAACGGUUUCCACCGGGACCACCGAGGCUACCGCUGCUGGGCAGCUACCCGUUCCUGCUCGCGCUCAACUACAACCAUCUGCAUCGUGCUGCGGCCAAGCUGACGCAGCUGUACAACAGUAAGCUCGUUGGGCUGUACCUCGGUCCACUUCCGGCGGUCGUUGUGAACGAUCACGCCACUGUACGGCAAGUGUUGCUGCGGAGUGAGUUCGAUGGUCGGCCGGAUCUGUUCCUGGCACGGCUUCGUGACGAGCAGUACGCGAGAAGAGGAAUAUUCUUCACCGAUGGGGACAGUUGGCGGGAACAGCGCAAGUUUUUCCUGAAAACGCUCCACGAGUACGGUUUCGGUCGACGGAACGAAACCGUGGAGCAGGACUUGCAAACCGGACUGACGGAACUAAUCGCUCUGCUCAAGGACGGACCGCAGCACGAACACGAGCGGUCGAUUGUGGACAGCUCGACCGGAUAUGCCGUUUGUCCGCAGAUGUUUUUUGCCCUCUUCUCCAACGUGCUGCUGCGUAUGCUGACCGCAACGCGGCUGGAACGCGAAGAUCAAGCGGUUCUGUUUGAGGUUGGCAAAUGCUCUCUUGCGUUCCAUCGGCAGGGUGACGAUUAUGGGCUGGCGUUAAGCUACAUCCCUUGGAUACGCCACCUGUUGCCGGGAUUUAGUCGCUAUCGUUUGCUGCGGGAGGUAAAUCGGAAGGCGAACGGUGUGAUACGAUCGCUGGCAGCAAAGUGUGAGCAAUCGUACAAUGAGGACGACGUCCGGUGCUUUAUCGAUGCGUACAUUCGUGAAAUGCGCCAAACGGGCAGCAAACCUACGAGCGGCAGCGAUGCGUUUGGGUUUGAAUACGAUCAGUUGAUCAUUGGUUGUGCCGAUUUCCUUGUCCCAGCGUUUUCUGCCAUCCCGGCCAAACUGGGCCUCAUACUGGAACGGUUGGUCGCGCAUCCUGCCGUGCUGGAACAAAUGUACGCCGAAAUCGAGCGACACGUGGGACAGUCGCGACUUCCGCUGUUGGAUGAUCGUACCCAACUGCCGUACUGUGAAGCCGUCCUGCGGGAAGCACUGCGGAUUGAUACGCUUGUACCAUCGGGCAUCCCACACGUAGCCACCACCGACACGGAGCUGGCCGGUUUCCAAAUUCCCAGGGGCACACUCAUAAUCAACGGAUUGGAUUACAUCAAUCAUCAGGAAGACAUUUUCCCCGAACCGUACACCUUCCGACCGGAACGGUUGCUCAACGAGGAAGGCAACUUGUCGCUCGAGCAGGAUCGUUCCGUACCGUUCGGGGCGGGCAAGCGAGUUUGUGCCGGUGAAACCUUUGCUCGCAAUGCGCUUUUCCUCACGAUCACGACGCUAGUGCAGCAGUUCACCUUCACUGUGGAACACUCACCUGACCCACGGCAGCAUUUGACCGGCGUUAUUCGCACUGCUCCUGAUUUUAAAAUUAAAUUUACGGCCCGUUAAAGAGGUUUCCCGGGGAACCGUUUCCCGUCGAUUUGUGGAUUUCCCGUGUGUGUUUGUGUGUGUACGUUUGGUGUGCAUGGUUUGCGAUAAACAUAGUUUGUAAGUGGCAAAUGCUCGAACAAUACAAAUAAAAUCUCUGUGUCAUUAUUUACUGUAGAAUA